AUGUCCACACAGCAGAGGAUAUGCCAGGCACUGGUGUUGUGUGUGUUGUAUUACCAGUGGGCCGGUCCCAGAGUCAGGCAUUAUUACUCAGCGGAGGAAGACGAGAAGCAUCCUCCCUCCUCUCCCUCGCCCCACCUGUCUGCUCCAGCCCCAGCAUCCCCUGCAACAUCUGGGGAAACCUCUGUCCUUCAUGUCGCCAUAAUCACACCUAAAGAGACCGCAAUGGACCUCCAGAAGAUCAUCCAUGAUGCAUUGCACAAGUUUAUCCAGACGUACAUUCCAGAUGCUGAUCUCAGCUCACUGGAUGAUGUCUUGUUGUCGUACAUCACUGGAGUCUUGGAGGACCUGGGCUCUCAGGAGAGCGUGGAGGAGAACUUUGAUGUUGAAGUCUUUGCGGAGAUGCUGGAAGCCUACAUCCCAGGGUUUGCUGAAAUCGACAGUGUCAAAGUGUGUGAAAUGAUGUUCAGCCUGGCUUCCAAACUGGCCACCGCCCGCAAUUCAGCUGACAAUGAAAACAAUGUGCCUAAGGCGAGGACAGAUGAGAAUUCAGUGAAGCUCGCCACAGUGCCAAGCGCUCUGCCAGUCCCCAGUGAAGAGCAGUGCCUUACACCGCCGAUAGAGGGCGCCACAGCCAAGUUGUCGGAGUGGGAGGCACAGGAACAGCACCUUCUGGAGAUGUUCCCCAAGUGCUCAGUGUCGGAGGCCCGCAACGCUCUGUCCAUCGCCAAAGGGGACAUGGAAGAAGCGGUCCGCCUCAUCAUUGAAGGGGACGUCCAGCUCAGCCCUACUCCCAUAAAUGUAAACCAAGGGAAGACUGUCACAUCAGUGGCAGACCAUAAACUCAAAGAGAGCAUCUUGGAAAAGUACAUGCUUGUGGACAGCGAGGAAGACAACAAAACUCAUCGACCGGUCGCUCCCAAAGACGCGCCAAAGAAGCUGGUGCGCUAUCAUGAAAACCAGGUGGUCACUACAAAAGGCGAGCGGUACCAGCUGGUGAAGAAGAGCGAGGAAGAGGAGUUGAAGAAGACGUACGUGAACCUCAAACCUGCCCGAAAGUACAGGUUCCAUUGA